AUGUCGACACAGCAGAACAAAGACCCCAACCAAGCCAGGGCAACCCCCGAGCAAGUCCGUCUGACAUCGCCCACACCCAGCAACACCCAAGGCAUCGAUAACAUGUGGACCGAGUUUGACAAAUCGGCAGAGGAGUGGUUUGCGAAGAGCGACGCAGGGUUUGACGACGUGAGUAUACCCUUAUAUACCGGACCGAGAAUGACUUCUCCAGAGGUGGACAUGACUGGUGCUGCAGGUGUGGCUGAAUCAGGAACUUCUAAUGGAACUGCCGCAGAUACAACCCGCACAGUCGCUGCCGAUGCUAACAUGCCAUCGACACGAGAUGGUACAGCCCCAGCGAGUGCAGGUACCACUGACCCAAGCCGUGUGGCGGCGUUUGCGAAAGAGCGCGAGAAUGCCAAGCGGAUCUACGCCCAUAGACGCGCCGAGUACGAAAGUGGCCCCCCCAAUAUCUUUCAACCAGUGAGACAAGCGAAUCAAGAGGUUGUGGUCCAACGGAAAGACACCAACAAUGAGCUUCGAAAUGCAUUACAAAGGAUCCAGGAGCUUGUGCUCGGAUGGGAGGAGGAUAUCAAACGGCUUCAAACAGCGCGGCGAAUGAUCAGCAGUCUCCAACUCCGACUGGAUAAUGACCUAGGUGAACUCAAGAUCCAACGGAACCGCUGCGAAAUGUUCCAGCGGCUCGUGCGCUUGGACACCAGGGAUCGAAUGAAGACGCACGCUCGCGUGGCCGAGGUGGAGGCGAUGAAUCUCAAGUGGCAGGACAAGUAUGAGGUGGCCAGGGCUGAGGUACGGAGGCUUCAGGAGGAGUUGAUACGGGCCCACAACGAGCUCAGCGAAGCGAGAGAUGUCAUCAAGGCCCUUGAUGCUGAUAAGCAAAGGGAGUAA